AUGUGCGGGUAUGACGCGGGUGAAGACCCGUUGCGGGUAACCCACGGGACAGUGCCGUUAGACUGGCACACAGAGGGGUCGGACCGCGCGCUGCCACGCCUCGGCGUGUCCAAGCUCGAGCUCGAGCCCGGGCAGCAGGACUGCAUGCGCGACACGUACACAGAGGGGCCCGACCGCGCGCUGCGCCUCGGCGUGCGAGUCCGAGCUCGAGCUCGAGCCUGGGCAGCAGGAUCACAUGCGCGACACGUACGUGCGCCGCUAGUACUGCCACGCGCCGCCUGGAGAGAACGAGAACGAGAAGGCCAAGGCCCAUCGAGAAAGCAGAUCGACUUCCUCCAUGACCACUGCACGUUCCCUGGCUCCGCACCCAUCCCUGGCGAGCUCCGACCCACGAAAGGCCUCGUCCCCGGCGUGGUGUGGGCGCUGCACGCUGCGCGCUCACCAUGA